GGCAAAAUGACACGACAGGCUGUGGCUUUGUGUGAACAAGGACAAAGACUUUUGUUUGUGGACCUUGAGCUUCAGGCUGUGAAAGAUCCACCCCAUGAUCUACCUCAGGGCGCGCACGAUCCAUUCCACAGAUUGCGAACUCGAACCUUCGGCGUUUGCACUGCUGAAACGAGCCGACUUCGACUGUCCCAGACCGGCGCAUCCAAGUUGAAAGCAACCAUACCGUUCUCUCCAUUCGGAGCUGUGACCAUGCGACUGGUGUACUUUUGCUCACUCGGUCCUCCUCUCGUUCCCGAGUCAUUCCGGCAGAUGAUUCUCACUACUCCCGUAGGAGGCCUCUGCUCAUCACGAACUUCCCGAGCUCCGAGUCCGUCUCAAGGGGGCAUUCUGUCCAGCCAAAGUCACGUCCUUUGUUUAUGUGCAGUUCAGUCUAGAACAGAACAGACGGGAUGUUGCUAUGUUGUUCCAUCUGGGUGUUUGCCUUGGAUGUGGCGAGUGGCUGGUGAUCGAAUCUAUCUGCGUGUCAAGUCGCAUGACGGUAUUAGUUGCGCUGAUGUAUCCUUCCAGCGCGACUAAUUUGGGAUCAACUGCGACGAUUAGCUGAAGCAAUGCCUGGCACUGGAGAGUAUCGGUUAUGUAUGGAUGCCAAUUGAGGUUUGAUACCCCACUAUCUCAUCGUCAUACGGCAAUCUAUGUGAUCAACGAAGUCGAACGGGAUGUCAUUCAGCAAGAAACAUAGCGAGGGAUUAUAUGAUUCCUGUGUGCCGUCACCGAUGUUUCGACAACCUAGAGUAACUUGGAUCGUCACAGUAAUGAUAUUAAUUGC